AUGGAAUAUAGAGGUUCAAUAGCUAAAACUGCUGGUGAUAUUCGGUGUCAAUCUUGGUUUAUACAAGAUCCGGUUAGCAAAGAUAUAACUGACAACGAUUUCCCCGAAAAAUCAAUGAAAACGGCAAAAAAUUACUGUAGAAAUCCAACAGGAGAUAAUAGAGGUCCAUGGUGUUAUACCUUAGAACCUACGCUUAUAGAUGACGAAUGCGAUGUGCCUCUUUGUAAUUUUGGAGAAUGUAGACAAUCAGGACCAGGAGCUGAUUAUGGAGGAACCAAAGAAAUCACUAGAACAAGAAGUAAAUGUAAAACAUGGCAUAAACGACUUCAACUUAAAACUGGAGAAGUUGUAAAAUUCAAAGAAAACCAGUUUCCUGACAAAUCAAUUAAAAACGCUGAAAAUUUUUGUAGAAAUCCUACAGGAGACGUCGGAGGACCAUGGUGUUACGUUGAUGAAGAAAACUUUGAAUACGUUAUAAAAGAGUAUUGUGAUAUUUCAUUUUGCGAUGAUAAAGAUUGUUUGGCAUUUACGAAGAAUUCAUCUGCAUAUAAUAUAUUGGCAAAAUUACACGCACCUAGCGGUAAUAUUACAUUCUGGAUUAAAUUAUGGAAUCCUGAUGAUGAAAAAAUAGCAGAAGCUGCACUAAUUUUUACUCUUUUACCAGUACCAACUUCUUCAGAAAUCAUAGCUGAAGAAUGGACUGCAGGAGUUGAAAUGAUGUUUUCAAAUUCUGGAAGCCGUCAAACGUUUCCAAAAUAUGAUGAAGAAGAAAUUUUCGAAAGUAGCCCGGAAAUAUUAAUUGGAACAAGAUGGACGGGAAUAUGGGUAACUUGGGGAGGUGGUUUUAUUUCCGCUGGUAUCGAAGGAAAAUCGAAACCCAUAAUUAUGCAAGAAUAUAAAAAAAAACAUGGAAUUACAAGUUUAUAUCUAGAUACAUUUCUAUAUUAUGGUGUUCGAGGAACGAAUGUUUUAUGGAAUACACCAUUUUGUCAAAAACGUAUGUUUUCAAUAUUUUUUAAAUUGUUCAAUUUAAAUUUAAAGUCUUUUUAUUGCGAUUUAUACAUAACUUUUGGAAUUGAUUUUUCAAAAGUUUGGGCUAUGCAAAAACAUAACGAUACAAUUGACGUUCGAUUUUUUGCUCGUGCAAGCGAAAAUAUUCAAAUACGUUUAUACGAAACACCUGCAUUGGAAUAUCCUUAUGUACACAUAACGUUAGGCAAAGAAGUUUCAACACUUAUAUAUCAAGCAUCAGAGGAAACUUCGAAACUUUAUUUAAAAGAGAUCACAACUUCAGAUAUACUCAAUUUUUGGUCAUGGAGAGAGUUUACCAUCAGUAUUUUUGGAACGCACUUUCACUUAUAUUCGCAUAAACAUAGAGGUGCUAUCGAAUUAAUGUACAUGAACGAAAAUUUUUUUGCCCAUUUGAGAUGGUUCAGUAUCGGAAGCGAAAAUACUAUUGCACAAUGGACAUUAUUUUGUUCCCCGGAUAGAAAUUCCAUGUAUUCCAUGGAUAUCAAAAGACGUAAGAAAUAUACGAAAGUUGCUUUGAAUGUUGCUCUGACAUGCUUUAUUUUUAAUAAGGUUCCAUCGGAAAUUAAGGAUGAUAAAAAAUUCAUCGAUGGAUCCGUUCUGAAGGCUCUUAAUAAAUGUAGAAAUCCCACUCAUGAUCCCAAAGGUCCCUAUUGUUACGCGUACACUCCUUGGGAAAGCGAAACCAUCACGAAACGACAUUGUAAGAUACGAAAAUGUAGAUCGAUAGAAUGUCGAAUGGCAGGAACCGCGAACGAUUACAUGGGAAAACUUAUAAAAACACGUUCAGGACGUACUUGUAUCUCCUGGCCAAUCCCCCCACCGAUGCCCAAAGAGAGUAGGGCCCGUACUAUCAGAUCUGCCAUCGAGAGUUCUCAAGAAUUAAGGCCAUACUAUCACUUACUACAACGCUCUCCACAACCGCCAAAACGUCCAGGACUUCCUUUUACUCCUAAACUCAUUGGAAUUGCCGGCCAAGAGAUCUUCAAUGACAGCCGUUAUCCGGAUGGAAGUGCAUUGAACGCUAGCAAUUAUUGCAGAAAUCCAUCGCGCAAUAUAGGUGGUACUUGGUGUUACACUUUUGAUCCUUCCCUACCACGAGAUCUUUGCAAUGUUAGAGACUGUGAUAAACCAGAUAUUUCCUUAGUCAAAAGGAAAACUUUGCCCCAUUUACUUUACACAGGAAAAUGGAGCAGCUUUAUAAUUCAAAUACCACGAGGAAAAUUUUUAUUAUUUUACGAAGAUGAUCCUACACCUAUAUUUGAAUGGAUUAAUCCUAAUCCCUCUAUUGCUUUUCUACCUAUGUAUUAUUAUUAUGGUACCGAAGUGGGGAAUGCUGUAGGUUUCGCUUUCGAUCGUGAUUUAAAUUGUCAUAUAGAAAACACGAAAACUGAUCGAUACACGAGAAUUUUAUCAUUAUCAACAUGGAUAGAAAAAGAAGUAAUAAUUCCUGAACACAUAACUUUUCAAAUGCGUGGAGAUGGUGGAGUUCUUAUACCUUUAUAUCAGAUGCCUGCAAUUCCAGGAUACUAUGUGCUUAAAAUUAAUAAUCCAGAACGUUGGAUAUGGUUUACAAAAACUACGUUUCCUAAUGUGACAGUUUAUCAUAAACAAAGAUCACAAGUAAAUUUAUUUACAAAAAAUACAUGGACCAAUAUUACAAUAAAAUGGUCUGAGCAUAUCAUAGAUAUUUAUUCUAAUUCAACAAAUGUGUUUCAUUAUCAACAUAAAAAUCCUCUCAUAUUUUAUUUCUUUUCUGUCGGAGUUGAACCGCCACAUUGGGUUACUUGGACUGCCAAUUGUAUGCCAAUAGAUGGACCACCAAUUGAUGGAGGUUGGUCAGAAUGGGGACCAUGGGCAUGCAGCGUAAGUUGCAAUGGUGGUACAGGGGUUCGAAAGCGGCGUUGUGAUUCUCCAAAACCUAAUUUUAGGGGUGAACCAUGUGUGGGGCCAAGUAGAAUGAUUGGACGUUGUAAUGAAAUAAUUUGUGGUGAUAUAACUGAAGAUACAAUAACUUUAAUAAAUCGAAGAAUUCGAAAAAAUUAUACAUCUCUUACAGUAAAAGAAAACAAUGCAAUUACACUUAAAUCCGAUGAGGAUAUUGUUAAAUCUAUCAUUACAGAAUCUCCUCGUUCUGAAUUACAAUGGUCAUUAAAUGGUAUCUUUAUAGAAAUAGAACCCGAUAGGUUGGAAUUAAAAGAUAAUAACAUUGAGAUAAAAAAAGCUGUUUUAAAUGAUUCUGGCGUUUAUGCAAUGACACUGCGUCGAGUUGAUGGAAAAUAUUCGAUCAUCAAAGUUAUAACUUUAGCGGUUAUUCCAGAGAAAGAAAAUUUAAAAGUCAGGGAAACUCUGGACACUACCAUACAAUGUCAUUGUGCAAUCUUAGGACAUAUUUAUUCAGAGCUUCAAGUGAUCUGGCUAGUACGUAAUAAAACGUUUAAAGAUUAUGGUAUUACACUUCCCAUUGCCGCCGAUAUCGAACAACUUACAAAAAUUAAUAAAACAUAUAAUGGAAUGUGGCAAUGCAUCGUGAAGCAAAACGAUUUGAACUUUGAAUGGAUAACAAAUAUGAUUUAUAUUAAAGUUCUAGGACCACCAAAUUGGCGUACAUACUUAAUGGAAGAUGAAGCAACACGUUUCUUUUUUGGUUGGUUACCAAACGAAGAUUAUGUUGUUGUCUUUGUAGUGAUUCUUUUCUUAAUUUUAGUCGGUAUUAUAAUUUUAGGAUCUUAUUACUACAUAAGAAUUCGAGAAAGUGGAAGAAGGAUAAUUGAUUUAACCGACGUAGUCAGAAGUCCAAGACCUACACGAUAUGAACCAUUAUUUAAAAUUCCUACAAUAAUCGUAGAAGAAAUAGAAACUCCCGAAGAACUAGAAACUCCUGAAGAAGAACCGACUACCGAAGAUCAAGUGACUACCGAAGAUCAAGUGACUACUGAAGAUCAAGUGACUACCGAAGAUCAAACUACUACCGAAGUAACUACUGAAGAUCAAACAACUACCGAAACAACUACAGAUCAAGAGCAAAUAAUAAUUACAAGAGCAAACAAUCGGAGAUAG